CCACGCCCUCUCUGUAGCGUCAGUUGGGGCGUGUUGUUGACGGACCCUCCUGACAGCUGAACUCAGCCAAAUACCCCCAAGUCAACUUUGUAGAGUGCAGAUACCUUGCGUUUGACCGAAGAUGUUUUAUGCCAAAAAGUUUGUUUGUGGCCUCAUUGAUGUUGUCAGCAACAUCGACCCCGGUCAGUUCGUUCCGACUGAUCCUCCUCCACGCAGGCCAGCAGUGUUUGCAGAGGCACAUGAGAGCGAUGAGGAGAAACAGUUUCGCAGAGUCUUCCAGCAGCUCGCUGGAGAAGACAUGGAAGUGAGCCCAAAUGAGCUGAUGAACAUCCUAAACAGAAUUAUUGCAAAGCAUGGAGACCUGAAGACAGACGGUUUCAGCAUCGAGUCAUGUAGAAGCAUGGUGGCGGUCAUGGAUAGUGACAGCACUGGGAAACUCGGCUUCCAUGAAUUCAAACAUCUUUGGAACAACAUAAAAAAAUGGCAGGGGGUGUACAAAUCCUACGAUUCUGACGGCUCUGGUGUCAUCGGUGCAGAUGAGCUGCCAAACGCUUUCAGAGCUGCCGGAUUCCCUCUAAAUGACCAGCUCUACAAUAUGAUCAUCCGCAGAUACAGCGAUGAAAAUGGAAACAUGGAUUUUGACAACUACAUCGGCUGCCUUGUCAGGCUGGAUGCAAUGUGCCGUGCCUUCAAAACCCUGGAUAAAGACAACAAUGGGACCAUCAAAGUCAACAUCCAGGAGUGGCUUCAGCUGACCAUGUACUCUUGAGCCGUGAUACUUCAUCUACUGCUCGUCAUAAGGAACCACUUUUGUUUGUCUACACAGUACCAAAUAUUUUCUCUAUCCAUAUAGCUCCCUGUUACUUAUCUGACCCAUCUGUGAGCGCAGGUUUAUUCUGAAUGCAAUCAAAAUAUGUUACAUAAGAUGAUACUGUAUCACUGACCCAGAGAAGCACAAACCUGCACUCACACAGCUGAAAAAGAUCGAAAAUGAAUGCCACUGAGUUCUCUUAAAAAAGCAGCCAACAAGAUUGAACUUCACAAAGAGGGUAGUUUGCUUAAAUGGAGUGUGUGUGGCAUUUGUUUUUAAUCUGUGUAAUAACUGCAGGCCAAAAUGUGAUGAAGGCAGGCAUGAAAUUAUUUUAAGAUACUUUAAAACCCCCAAAUUUGAAAAAUAUCAGUGUGAAAGGAGGCAGCUUGUAUAAAGUGGCUGUGGGAUUCACAAAGGUUGGGAGUUUGAGUGUUCUGUUGUAAAAGUCGAAAAAUAAAUCAUAGAUUUAUAUAUGUAUUAUUAGGGCUGAAGUGGUGACAAAAGGAUGGUUAAAGCUACUUUUAAUCUGUUAUCAUAGAGUUUGUGUACCUUUAAAAUAGGAAGUGAAAGAGGGACUUGUUAUGGAUAUUUUUAAGAAUGAGGGCCUGUGUCCACUAACGUGUUUUUUCCACAAGCAGCAUCCAUUUUCUAGAUGAGUCAAGGCAAGUUUGCUAAUAGAACACUACUCAUGCAUACAGCAAUCAUGAUAAACAAGAGCUUAAAAAUAUGACAAGGAGCAAGACCAAGACAGCUGGUACCAGCUGUGUUUUUUUGUGCAGUGGUCACAGUUAAGAUGGUUCAACUCUUAGGCCCGUUUCAGACUGGGAGCAUGUUUUGCUGCUUGCGUGUGUCGCGCGUGUCAGCUCCGGCUACUGCCGGUGCAGCUUUCACACAGGGCGCGAGUUUGCUGCUUGUCAGCUGCAUUUUCCUGCUCUCAAAGCCCUGUCCUUCUUCACGAGUUUUACCUGAAUAAACCCCCCUACAAGCUUAUUGAUUCAGUGUAUUGAGGAAGUUUGUAGGGAACUAUUCAAAAUAAAAGCAUUCUGUACAAGUGAAUGGAGUUUCUCUACAGAAAUACUAAACCAGGCUUUUAAUUUGAAAAGCACAAACCAGAAAAGCAUUCAUAGGUGUUUAUCUUUCCUGUGACAUAUUCAACCAGUGUGGGGAUAAAGCUUCACUAAUAGUUGCUCUUUAGAGAACAACUUUAUAAAACAGGCGCCAUCAAGCUUGUGGCCUUCCUCAGGGUUAUCAAGAAACACAUUUUAAACAUAUUCUAUGUGCAUAUUUGCCACAACGAUGUAAAUAUGGCUCUCCAUUUAUCAUUUUCCUGUCUAAUAUGGUCCACAGCCACACGGAAAAAAUAGGUGAGACUUUGAAUCUCUCAACCCUCGGUGCCUGAGCCGGGCAUACCAGCCGGGCGUACCAGCCGUGCGAGACGUGGCGCACAUGCAGGCAGUCUGAAAGCCCUGACUUGUUAACAUGCAAUCAAAAUGAAAAUCCACGAGUGUCGCGGUCCCAGUCUGAAACAGGCUUUAGACCUUCCAUCGAAAUCACUUCACCCUCACCAACCAAACAAAAUCAAGAAGGGGCGGGAGUUCUCACAUGAAUUUUGUCAACAACAGCAACAAAGGUGGAGAUUAAACUCAUAAUUUAAAAGGAACAGUUUAGGUCUAAAGCAACUGAUUAUGCCAGGAUAUGAUGCCUUUCCAUAAUUCUAUUUUUUCUUUGAUACAUUUCCUUAAAGCAAAAAUAAGGCAUACAGUCAUUUAAAAUAAGCAUUACUGUCAAUAGUAAUGCUGUGAGCCACUUUUAGUUACCUAGAAACUGAAGACACCGAUCAGUAAGUUUGUAUGCAGUUAGAAAAAGUUGAUUUUUGCAUUAGUCUGACUAGAACUAGACCUUUGAAAUGCAUGCAAACAUCUUAGUACAAUUGAAAUUUUAUUAAAUCAGAUUUCUCAAAGUUGGACCAAGAUAUGGAGAUACUAAAGUUGGAGAUGGAUUUAGUCUUGCAUGGAUACAUAUCGGUCAAAGCCAGACUAUACUUGGCAUUCUGAGCAUGCUUCACAGUCUCCAUAUAAAACCAAAUGUCAAACAGUAUAAAUGCUAAAUAUAGCAGAAGUUUCAUUUUUAUUUGCCUUCAGAUAUCUCCAUAAAAUGGAGGGAUAACAUGUAUCAUAUUUUUACUUAAGUAACACAUAGGGCAUGUAUAACAUGUACAGAGCUGAAAAAUUGUUCAUGUUUUUGCUGUUUUAAGAUAACAAGUGAGCUGCUUGUAUUCCAGUUAGAUAUCCUAAUUCAGCUGUAAACACGCGCCGUUAGUGGACACAGACCUUUAGAGUGGCCAAUGGUGCUGAUUGUGAGGAUGUUCACAUGUAAAGAAGCUGUUUGUUAUGCUGGAGGGGGACAGAAAUUUCUGUAUUGGAUUAAUCAUUAAUUCUUUUAUAUUUCUUCAGGAAAAACCUUGAGUAAUAAUAUUUAAAAUUACAUAUUGGUCAAUAUUUGUUUAAACAAUAGUGAUUAGCUGACAAUCAGCACAUGAUAAAUGUGAAAAAAAUCCAACUUUUGUCUUGCUGUUUUAGAAAAUUAACAAAGGAAGUCUCACAUUCUAGCCGCUUUUACCUCAGGCUGACCUAGGAACACAUCGCCUAUAGUUCAGUGUUGUAUGCUGACAGAAACAGGAAAGCCUGGUUCCCUCGUCUUCUGUAAGGCGAGGGUAAACAAUGUGAAGCUGAAUGCUUUGCAGAACUGUCAGCCCAUGUUGAAAGAUUCAUUCCCAUCUCCUGCACUUUGCUUUCAGUGUUGUUAAACCUGCUGGGAUGAGGAAGUGUUCAUCUUUAGCAUAUGCCAUAACGUCUUUAUCAGCUUCAAAUUAAGCAGCAGACAAGCCAGCUUAAUGCUAACUCCCUAAAAGUCUAAAGAAUCAUAAAUACGGUAUGCCAGUACCGUAUUUUUUGACCCAAGCUUCAAAACUUCUGAGAAUGAGCUUGGAGCUAGUUGUCAGUCUUCACCUGCUUUCCCUUAGAAAAGGUAUAAUUUUCACAAAGUGGAUAAUACGUGUAGCACGUCUCUGCAGAGCCUUACAAAGUAAUGGGAGCUUUACACAUUAAGUUAUACAUACAGUAGAUCACAGUUUUAAUAUUCUUGAGAUAUAGUCGGAUUCCAGUGACUGGAAUUUUGUUUGUCACUCAAACAGCAAAUUUAGAUGGUCAAAUAUUUGAGUUUCAUAUAAAAUAAUGUUUAUUUGAUGUUUAAUCAUGGGUACUUCAGUUUUGAUAAGUUUUACACUCCUUUAUUUUGCAUGAGAGUUGCACUGUUGUACAAAGCUGUUAGGAAUCCCAGUGGUAUCUAUAGCCACUAAAUGCUCCACACAUUUAGAAAAAAAAAUAUAAAUACAAACCUAUUUUUAAAGUGACUUAUUGUAAAUUGUAGACAUAUACAGCAUACUCAGUAUAACCAGCUUCAUGCCAUCCUUAUAAGUGAUAUUCACAUCCCAGGACACGCUGUGUUAUUUGGCAGGCUUACAUUUGACUGUUAAAUGCUGGAGUGUGACUUGGCCAUGAUGAUCUUUGUCUCAGUCCACUGAUCAAGUGUUAAUGUGCACUUAUUGAAAUGCCUGCACCAUUUGAUUCCAGCACAAUGUGUGAAUAUAUACUUUAAACAUAUGAUAUGCCACUAAUGCAUGCAGCAGGUAGCAAAGAUGCCAUUAUUAAAGAUUUUAACCAUGUAGUUGUAGCCAAUGUUAUUAAACUGUUGCUGAAAAUGCCUGGUCAAAUAAAUUACUGUGCCAUAUUUGGAAUAAAAAUGUUUUUUGUCUUAUUCUUCA